AUGGAGAAAAAGCGAGAUGAUGCAUCCUCUGGGCAAGAAAUGCUCGAGAAAUCAGCUAAAGGUGCUACCUUUUUAAUGAUGGGUCAAUUGAUCACUAAGAUGACUACAUUUGUUUUAAACAGUUUGUUAGUACGAUUUUUAUCGCCAAGAAUUUUUGGUAUCACUGCAUUUUUGGAGUUUAUUCUAGGUACAGCGUUGUUCUUCAGUCGGGAAGCUGUCAGAAUGUCGACUUUGAGGAUUAAGGAUUCCAAUGAAGAUGAGAAAGGUAGAAGCCGAUCUGCCGUUCUACAGACUGCUGUAAAUUUUGCUCAUAUACCAAUUUGGAUUGGAUUUCCUCUGUCUAUCAUAUUGACCACUUGGCAAUACAGAAAUAUAAACUCGUAUUUCGUUGCAUUGCCCUUUUUCACUUGGUCGAUGUUUUUGAUUUGGUCUAGUAUCAUGAUUGAAUUAUUAAGUGAACCCUUUUUUAUCGCUAACCAGUUCAUGCUGAACUAUGGAACUAGAUCGCAAUUUGAAAGCAUAUCGGUGACAUUUGGAUCUGUAGUGAAUUUUUUGGUCAUUAUGGGUUUCGAAAAAUGGUCAAAAGGUGAUAAUUUAGAAGUGGUCGAACCCACUAAAGAGGGAAUCGCUAUUCUUGCAUUUGCUCUAGGUAAGGCUUCUCACUCUUUGGUUUUACUGGCAUGUUAUUACUACAAUUAUCGGAGAUGGUUUGCACCAAAGCGGUUAUUUUCCAUACGUUUAGUGAAGAUUUAUCCACCAUAUGAGAAAAAGGGUUAUUAUUUCCAAGAUGAAAUUUCUCAGCAUUUUAGAAAAGUUUAUUCCCAAUUAUGUUUCAAACAUCUUCUGACAGAAGGUGAUAAAUUGAUUAUCAAUUCUUUGUGCACUGUGGAGGAACAAGGUAUUUACUCGUUGUUAUCGAAUUAUGGAUCGUUACUUACAAGGUUGCUAUUUGCACCAAUUGAAGAAUCCUUAAGGUUGUUCCUAGCGAGAUUGUUAUCAUCUGGAGACUCAAAGAAUUUGAAAUUGUCCAUGCAAGUCCUAAUGAAUCUCACCAAAUUCUACUUAUAUCUCUCUUCAAUGAUUGUCAUCUUUGGUCCAACAAAUUCAUCAUUUUUACUACAGUUUUUGGUUGGAUCUAAGUGGUCUACUACAUCCGUCCUCGACACAAUCCGUGUUUACUGCUUUUAUUUGCCAUUCUUGGCGCUUAACGGUAUAUUUGAAGCCUUUUUCCAAAGUAUUGCCACGGGUGAUCAAAUUUUAAAGCAUUCAUAUUUUAUGAUGACUUUUUCAGGUGUCUUCUUACUGACCAGUUGGGCUCUUAUCAAGUAUUUGGAAUUAUCAAUCGAGGGGUUAAUCAUUAGCAAUAUCAUUAACAUGAGUUUACGUAUGAUUUACUGUGGUCAAUUCAUCCAGAAAUUGUCUAAAGGAUUGCGUACUGGCUCUUCAACAUUUACUCUGACAAAUUUCAAGAGUGUGCUACUGCUAGGCGUUGCAAUUUGGGUAAUAGACUGGGGGAUGAUUGGUUUAGUCAAGAAUUUUAGACAGUUUUUCAUCAAUCUAAUUCUGGCGGUAAUCAUGCUAACGGUUAUCUUACUCAAGGAAAAGGAUUCAGUGCUGAAACUCCUAGGUGGGAGAUUUUCUAGGACGAAACGUGUAUAG